AUGAGUGUAUUUGACGCAGCAGUAAAUAAAAAGAGAAAUGCAAGUGCCGAACCUAAGGACGAAUCUCCACUCAAACAGCUGCGCAUCGACGAACCUGGUAUGGGCCAGCGGAAGAUAUGUCAAGACAAGAUGAACGACCUUGUUGUGGACUUUGUAGUGAAUGGAGCGCAUACGUUCUCUGUAGUCCAGGAACCAUCUUUUGUAAAAAUGUUACAAUAUCUCGCGCCUACGCAGAAGGUUUUGACGAGAAGAAUGCUCGUUAAAAAAAUUGACGAGAAGUUUCUGGAGAUGAAGUGUCGUCUACAAGACACCUUCCAGCACCUGAACUACGUAACUGUUACUGCAGAUUGCUGGUCCUCCCACCACAGGCACUUUCUUGGAGUUACCGCUCUUUGGCUUGAACCAGACAGUCUGGACAGAAAGAUUGCGACCUUGGCAUGCCGUCGAAUGGUCGGCAGCGUCACUUAUGACAAACUCGCACUAGAGAUGAGCAACAUUUUUGAGGAGUAUGGCAUCCAAGGCAAGGUGACUAAGGUCAUCACUGACAACGGGUCCAACUUUAUCAAAGCAUUCCAAUGUUAUGGAGGCAAUGCUGAAGAAGCUGCAGAUGAGCCCGACACAUACCACAGAGACCUGUCCUCGCUUUUAGACGGGGAAGAUUCCAUGGUAUGCUGCACGAGCUAA